CCGUGGCGCUGACUGCGCCUGCCCUCGGCCUCCGGGACUGAGACCCCGCGUCGCGCUCGCACCGAGCAACAGCCACCGGAGACUGACCCACCAGCAGCUCGAGGACACGCCUGCAGCCGCCUCUGAGAUGUGCCCUGGUAACUGGCUCUGGGCCUCCAUGACUUUUAUGGCCCGCUUCUCCCGGAGCGGCUCAAGGUCUCCUGUUCGCACUAGAGGGGCCCUGGAGGAGAUGCCCUCGGUUCAACAUCCUUUCCUCAAUGUCUUUGAGUUGGAGAGGCUGCUCUACACAGGCAAGACCGCCUGUAACCAUGCCGAUGAGGUCUGGCCCGGCCUCUACCUCGGAGACCAGGACAUCGCUAACAACCGACGGGAGCUGCGCCGCCUGGGCAUCACGCACGUCCUCAACGCCUCACACAGCAGGUGGCGAGGCACCCCCGAGGCCUACGAGGGGCUGGGCAUCCGAUAUCUGGGUGUCGAGGCCCAUGACUCACCAGCAUUUGACAUGAGCAUCCACUUCCAAACAGCUGCGGACUUCAUCCACCGGGCACUGAGCCAGCCAGGAGGGAAGAUCCUGGUGCACUGCGCCGUGGGCGUGAGCCGGUCCGCCACGCUGGUGCUGGCCUACCUCAUGCUGUACCACCACCUCACCCUCGUGGAGGCCAUCAAGAAGGUCAAGGACCACCGAGGCAUCAUCCCCAACCGGGGCUUCUUACGACAGCUCCUGGCCCUGGAUCGCAGGCUGCGGCAGGGUCUGGAGGCAUGAGAGGAGGGGACAGGAGGUCAGGCCAGGCGCAUUUGGCCCUGGCUCCCAGCUGGAGAGAGGAGGCCCAGAUAUCCCAUCCUCUCCUGUGGGCAGGAGAGCAAGAGGGCUGGGGCUUCCACCACUGCUGCUGUUGGUUGGGAGGGUAUGGGGGGUGAGGCUGGUUGGUGUGCUGGGCACCCAAGAGGGAGCUGACCGGGGAAGGAAGCAGCUAGAGCUGUAGGUAGAUGGCAGUCCUGGGACUCCGACACCCUGGAUUCCAGCCAGGCUGCUCCCAGUCACCCAGAGCCCCCUCCGCACGUGCACACACACACACACACACACACACACUGUUGUGCCCAAGGGUUCCCCCUUGCUCAUUUAAGAACAAACGUGUCAUCUCUGUCCUGUGCUUGUGCUGGGAGUCAGGGAUGCCGCAAGCACGAACGCCAUGCCAUGGUGUAGAUAUGUUGUGUAGAUGGUGGUGUUGAGACAGACGGUAAAGAGAGGGUGUGAAAAGCUGUGAAACCAGAGGGAGACACUCACAGACUUGUUACUCCAAGCGCAGGAAGAGAAGGUGUGGGAGGGUUGGCGCUGUGCCCGCGGGCGCUGGUCGCGGCCAGAAGCCGCAGAGGUGCAUGCCUGUGAGUCUUGAGAUGAUGGCUCUCCUCCUGGCUGCAGAUGUCUUGAGGAAAAAUAAAGAUGGUGGACAAGACCCUGGUGAAGUCGUUGACAGCUUGUAAGGGCUCCCCACCUCUCUCCUGGAAGCCCCUGGCUUUCUGGCCAUAGCAACAGUUCCUGACUCCCUCAUCGUGGUCAUAAACCUCCAGCGGUUCUCAGGGGGUGGCUCUUUCCAGUCCAAUUUCACGGUGGCCAGAAGCGAAAUCUUGAAGUGUUGUUUCCCGCUGUGUCCACAGAGGGGCAGCAGAGGACCAAAAAAACGUUAGUCUUUGCACCCCCUGCUCUGUCUGCCAGGUUUAAACUAGGUCUCUGUUCCCCGGCUCAGGCGUGCAGGAAAUGUUGCUUUAUUUUCAAAAAAAUUUCCAGAUUCUAUAUCAAGUCCCCAUCGUGAUGGGAUAGCAGAAUAUGAAUCUUAAAUCAACCCCUUCCCUAAAUCCUACUUUCAGGGGGUCUGGGGCUUGCCUGGUAACUAGAAAUUGGAGGAGAGGGAAGGAGGGGUGAUGUAAUGCUUCCUCUUGUCAGCUUUCCAGGUUUGCCUCAUCAGCGUGUAACGCAGUCUCCUUAGUAAACUUGGUAAAAAUUUAGACUCACCAACCAGAGAGAGUAGUGUGGUGUUUCUGCUAUCCCAGCUGCCCAAACUGCCAGCCACCACCUCCCUCCUUUUAGAAAAAACAUGUUCCCAGAACAGAAUAUCUGCAUGAAGGGGAGAAGGGGACAGACGAGAAGGUAAAAAAUACAGGGAAAGGAAUUCCUUAAUAUACCCGAAGAGUCUGUCUUACCCCAAAGUAUAGAAACUCAGAAUCUCAAAGCUAUAAGGUGCUUUCCUAGAUGAUCCAUUUCCACCCUCCAACAAGGCAUGAAUAAAUUCUUUCUUUAAUAUCUUUGAAGAUCUCCAUCCAGCACCUCCUUGGACACCUUCGAUGGUGAGGAACUGGUACAUAACUUCCAUACCAUCGUGCCAGCUCUGAAUAUGAGAAAGCUCUACAAUCACACAUGUUACGCAGUCCGGUUACAGUGGUCGUGACGUGAGGCCAACAGAUCUGCCAGCCUGGGCUCCCUGGCUAUGGGGGCCUUUGGGCAGGUCCCUUUGCCUCUUCCCCACGUCGCGUCACAUGCGAGAGUUCUGUCUGCUUCCACAGGGUCGCAAUGGGCGUUUAAGUAUGUGGUACUGAGCUCAGAGCACAGUCAGUAUUUAAUAAGUGUUCUUUGUCUUGCCCUGUCCCUCCCUGUGGUUUGAAGCCAGCUCUCCUGGUUCUCCUGUGUCCUCUGCUUUCCACCUAGCAGCUUUGAUCGUGUCCAAGAGUCUGCGUUCGUCCCGUUUCAAGUUUCUUCCCCAGCCUGGCUGACAGUGGCGUCUCUCUUCGGUUGGUGGCGACCAGGGCUGGUCUUAGCGCUUCAAGCAGAGUGUAGUCACUGGGACCUCAGAUUUCUAGGACUGUUGAGGGUCAAGUUUAUCUAAGGGGUAGAGUGAGGCCUUCAUUAGGAAUGUGGAUUCCAAUGAAAAUGCAUUGACUCCCUAUCAGAACCAUGGGCAGGAGGACUUAAGAAUAAGUAGAAAUAACCUAGAGGUAAGUCAUCCAAGAGGACGGACUGACUACCGACCUGACCAGCACAGAGUACCAUGGACUUGGCACCUCCUUUGUUCUAGUCUAGUAUAUGUAUCUGUUACUGUUGAUGUAACCCACAGCGCCUUCUAACUUCCAGUAGACAAGUAUAACUACUAAAGUAGAUUUGGCCAAAGGUGAUCCUCACGGAGCAGGGGAGUUCGAGCCCCACGCUGGGUGGAGAUAUUGCUUAAAUAAAUUAAAACACAGCUGUGUGAGUGCAGACUGAAUGUGCCUCACGCAAAUCCCCUAGCAUUGUCGUAAGCCGAGUCACUUGAAAAUUUACGUCUGACUUCUAGUGGAGACGUGGAGCUACCAAACCAGAUUUGGCCACAGAUCAUCCUCUCAGAGCAGGUUAUGUAGUAUUUAACAAAGCCAUCUGACAGCUCUGCAGAGUCCGUCUUCAGCCUUUACAGAUAUUAAGAUAUUAACCCAUUUAAUCCUACUAAAAAACCCAUGAAAGGUAUCCUUCCUUGGCAUUGCUUAAAAACAAGGCAUCUGAGGUGAAGUAAUUUUCACAAGGACACACGCAGAAGUGAGCAGUGGAGAUGCCAGGAUUCACCCCCGUGUAGCCAUCCAGCCGCCCUGCCUUUCAUCCCUCACUCCACCACUGAAGGCUGUUAAAAGUCCAGACUCCCUCAUCCUCUUCUUGGGAGCAGCUGGCCGUUUGAACCCAAGCCAAGGACUUGGCAGUGGACAGGACUAAGUGAGCCCUUGGCAGAAGCAGCCUGAGCUUCCAGCCGGCCGGGCCCUGCCCCUCAGGGACGGCAGCCCAUGUCUGUCUUGUCGUCCUGCUCUGCUCCUGCCCUGGCCGCCUCCAGCCCCGGCCUGGGUGAUGCAGACUCCAGCCUCUGCAGCAAGCCCCUGAGCCUUCGCUACAUCUGGGGAGAGGGAGAGAUGUUUGCACAGUCCCUCACCCUGUAACUAAUCCCAGCUGAGAUGCUCCACAGGGAGGGGAGCUCAGGGAGAAGGGCUGCUUCUGAACCCUGAGGUAGCAGAUGGAAUGAGCUAGAGAGGCAGCUGAGCAUUACACUGGCUGGAGAGGGCUGGGCUUGGGUGCACAGAAAGGCCCUUGCUAGAAUAAUCUCUUACAGAGAAGGCAGCC